AUGCCCAACUCAGUACAAAUUGGCAUACUUGCCUUCUGCAUCGUCGUUCUAGUUGCCAUGCUCGCAUGGGCUUUCUUCUGGCCUCACAAACGCCACAGAUAUGGAAUGGACAACUCAAAAAAGGCUGCAAAGAACCGCUCGCGUACCGCUGGUCGGUCACACAGCGACAUCGAAAUGCACCCAAAGAACUGGGAUGAGGAUGAAAAUUCUUCAAAGGUUGGAAAGAAGAGGCCAAUGCCCGUGUAUGAAAUCGCAAAGGAUGAAUCGGCCAUAUAG